AUGGAAUUGACCGUAGGGGGCAAGCCGGUGUUGCUGACUACACACAAGGCGUACUGCGAAGUAAAUGAGCUGCAGAGUCUCCGAGCGUUCGCGCAGUACCCGCCGCUGUGCACCUACCUCACCGAAUGUGAGAAGAACGGCCCAAUCCCCGAUGCCGUAGUAGUACGGCACCUGGAACGUGUGGCGCAUCGUAUUACUGGCGCUGUGGUCGACCUGAUCUAUGGUGGCACCAGCACAGCACGUGUGCUACGCCUUACCAACGCCCGCCCGGCUGUACUGCUACCGAUCGUUGCUAUAGAGGAGCGGCGCUACGCGGUGUUGGUGCAGCAGGUAGAGUUGUCUCAAGGGCUCAAAACUGUAACGACAGCGAUGCGCGGUAUCGUGGAUGCGGAGGGUGGCUUCGCUAAUGACACCUACACUAGUGCACUGGCAAGGGCCGGAGUGCGAAUUGCAGACGCUUCUCCUCUCUCGUUUACGGAUUUCACCAUAGGCAACGAAGGUGAGCCCGCCGUCCGCUUUUUUACUCUGACGACGACGUGCAAUGCUGAGCAGGCGGAGCAGCUUCGCCAGAACCCGGACUUAGCACUGGUGGCACUCAAGGAUGUCUUUGCCUCAGGGGAUGCUGCAGCGUCCUUGGCGGUAUCCUUGGUGUUGGCCACCACCGAGUAG